AUGUCAUUGGAUCAAUUUAUUCGCUUUGCGGAUACCCUGGUCGAAUUCGAGGCUGACCUUAACAACAAUCAGUAUCCUGUGGAUUCGGUUCAUACCAUCGAAGUCCAUCGUGGUGAACUGAGAUCCAAUUGGAAUCGAGUUAAGAUAGCAUACGAUAACUUUUUGUCCGAUAUUGAGAAAGAAAGGGGCCAAACUGAAGAUCCAAUUGACGUAGAGUCUUUUAAGAUAAAAUACAAGAGUACAUAUACGACGUACUGUAAUUGUAUGAAAAAAUUGUCCGAAAUCUGUGAUGAGCUUCGUAUAGGGUCCUUGCCCCAUCCAGAGCUUUUAAUGCCAAACAUUUCUGCUCCUGCUAAUCCUGUUCCUAAUAUCCCUGCUUCUUCUAGUGCGUCACGAGAGUUUCCUACUUCGUUUCCUUCCGAAUCUCAUAGUUUUCACUUGCCACCUGUUGAGAUCGAAACAUUUCAUGGUGAAUAUUCCUCCUGGCCCACCUUCCGAGACAUGUUUACCGCAGUCGUAUCCAACUCUCGGGCAAGCAAUGUCGAGAAGUUAUUCUUCUUAACGCGGAAAACCACAGGUGAGGCCAGAGAAAUCGUUCAAAAAAGUCCCUUAACAAAUCAAGGUUUCGACUUGGCAUGGAACAAUUUGUGUUUGCGAUAUGAGAACCGAAGGAUAUUGGUUAAUGGUCAAUUAAAGAUCUUGUUUAACCUAAAGGCUUCUCAUUCCGAAUCAGGAAACUCUCUGAAACAAUUACAAAGAGAUAUAAAUUCUUGUAUCUCUAUCCUGAAACUUUAUAAUAUAGAUGUCGGAAGUUGGGAUCCUAUAUUCGUAUUCAUAUGUACGAGUAAACUGCCAGAGAACACCUUGACACUGUGGGAACAACAGUUAAAGGAUAAAACUUCCAUUCCAAAGUGGUUAGAAUUAGACGAAUUUUUAACUAAUCGCUACAGGACUCUAGAAUCUGUUUCCGAGAUUCGUGGUUCAAGCAGUUCUAAAAAUAAUGAUCCGAAACCCCAAAAUAUGUCUAUUUCAAAUUCGAAUAAAAAAAUUCACAGCUUUCAGACUAAUGUAUCUCUUCCAAAGUGUCAAUUGUGUCCUAAAGAAGAACAUACCAUACGUAAAUGUCCUAAGUUUUUAAAAAUGAGUUAUCAACAACGCCUUAACGAAAUCAAGAAGGAGAGUAUGUGUCUGAAUUGCUUUUCAAAAACGCAUAGUGUCAGAAACUGCACUAGCAAGCAUACUUGUUUCAAAUGCAAAAAAAGACACAAUACUCUUCUGCAUAAGGAAGAUGAUAACUCUAAUUCUUUUCACCAUGGUCCAAGUUCCAGUUCGACACUCAAUCCUACUUCGGCCGCCUUUUCCCCUUCAAAUUCAGGUCCAAUACAGUCCAUUAAUACUUCAACUUCAGGCCAAGUUCAAUCUUGUUUCGCUUCGAAUUCAACGAGUGUUUUACUUGGAACAGCGUGGGUGAAUAUACUCCAUUUAGGCACGAAAUAUCAGGUACGGGCACUAAUAGAUUCAGGUUCAGAGGGAACUUUUAUAUCCGAACGUCUUCUCAAUACCCAUAAGCUUCCCUCACACCCUACCAAUGCCCAGAUUUCGGGCCUGAAUAACACUAUUUCGGCAAAAGUUCAACGCCAAUGCUCUCUGGUACUAGGCUCUAACAUGGAUAGCGACAUCGCAAUUCCUAUCACAGCUCUUGUAGUUCCUCAUUUGUCCAAUAAUCUCCCCUCUCAGAACUAUUCCUUUUCAAGAUUUUCGAGUAUUCCAAAUAUACAAUUAGCGGAUCCUAAGUUCUAUUCCAGUUCGAAAAUUGACAUGCUGAUUGGUGGCGACAUAUUUCCAAUGAUUGUUCGUUCUGGGAUUAUACAUAAUGUUUGUGAAUCUCUUUUAGCUCAAGAAACCAUUUUUGGGUGGAUUCUUACUGGUCCGGUUUCUCGUCAUACCAAUCCAUGUCUUUCUAUUGUUUCACAUUUCUGCGAAAUUACCUUAGAUAAGGCAAUUUCGCGCUUCUGGGAGGUGGAGAAUCUUCCAAAGAAGAACUUUUUGUCUGCUUCUGAUCGGACAUGUGAAGAGCUAUACGUUCAAACAACGCGUAGGAAUUCAGAUGGUCGGUACAUUGUGUCGUUACCAUUCAAGGAUGGGUUUCCAGAGAAUCCAAACCUUGGCCAUUCUAGAUCCAGUGCAAUGGCACAAUUUCUUAGAAAUGAGGCUAGACUAAUUCGAAAUGCUGACCUUAAAUUGGAAUAUGACAAGGUUGUUCGUGAAUACGAAGAACUUGGACACAUGACCAAAGUAAAUUCUUCCAAUAAUAAUCAAAAUAAUGUGUAUUAUCUUCCUCACCAUGCUGUGGUUAAGCCUGAAAGCGUUACUACAAAGGUUCGCGUCGUUUUUAAUGCUUCGUCCCCAUCUUCCAAUGGAUUGAGUCUGAAUUCUGUCCUUCAUGUAGGUCCUAUUCUACAAAAUGAUCUCACUUUACUGAUUCUUAGGUGGCGAUUCUUUGAAUUUGUUUUCAAUGCCGAUAUUCAAAAAAUGUAUAGACAGAUAUUAGUUGACCCAAAACACACCCCAUACCAAAGAAUUCUAUUCCGCGAUACUCCAAAUAGUUCAAUUGGUGAUUACGAAUUGAAAACAGUCACCUUCGGCUUAAAUUGUGCUCCCUAUUUGGCAAUUCGUACGCUUCUACAACUUUCGGAUGAUGUUCGGGACGCUUUCCCCAUAGCAAGUUCAAUUCUCCGAAAAGCAAUGUAUGUGGACGAUGUUCUGGCCGGAGCUCAUUCAAAACGAGAUGCUAUUCUAGCGAAAAAUGAGCUAAUUCAUGCAUUACAAUCAGCUGGGUUCGAGCUGAGGAAAUGGACAUCUAACUCCGUGGAUAUAUUAGAGGAUCUUCCAAAGGAUCAUUUACUUCAUGAACAUUUUCUAAAAUUCGAAGAUAAUAGUUCGGCAAAAACGCUUGGAAUUCGAUGGAAUGCUCAUUCCGACGAGUUUUAUUUUGACGCAAAACAGUUCGAUAAGAUUUCUGCAUACACAAAAAGAGAAGUUCUCUCCAGAAUAGCAAAAUUGUUCGAUCCUGCUGGCUGGCUAGCGCCAUGUAUAGUUCUUGCUAAAAUUCUAAUGCAAAAAAUAUGGAUAGAUGGCACUGAUUGGGACGAGCAUCUAUUGCCGGAUACGCUCGGUCAGUGGAAGUCGUUCGAAGACAGUUAUUUGUCGAUCAAUUCCAUACGAAUUCCUCGAUGGAUUGGUUAUGUUCCCAAUUCUGAAGUCCAGUUCCACGGAUUUUGUGAUGCUUCAGAAAAGGCCUACGCAGCAGCAUUGUACAUUCGAAUAUCAACGAAUUCCUCGGUCCAAACAAGCUUAAUUUCAUCCAAAACCAAAGUUGCCCCAAUAAAGACUCUGUCCAUUCCGAGACUUGAGCUUUGUGGGGCUUUACUUCUAGCUGAGAUGAUUGAGAUCCUCAUACCAAGCCUAGAUGUGGAGAACUAUACAAUCUCAUGUUGGACAGAUUCUAUAAUUGUGAUUUCCUGGCUGGCAAAACCACCAUGUAAUUGGCUCACUUUCGUUGCCAAUCGUGUUUCAAAAAUCAGCCAAAUAGUACCUUUUUCUAAAUGGAAUCAUAUAGUUUCUAAAGAAAAUCCAGCUGAUUUAGCAAGUCGUGGCAUUUCCCCUUUAGAAUUAAAAAACAGUGAACUGUGGUGGUUUGGCCCAUCAUGGCUUAAGAAUUCCACUUCUGAAUGGCCAAACCAACGUUUAUCCAGUAUUCCAGUUACUGAUUUAGAAGUCAAACCUGUUCGAGUUCACUUUACGUAUUUUUCCGACUUUGAUGAUUUGUUAGAAAGAUUUUCGUCUUUUCCUAGGGCUAUGCGUGUAAUGGCAUAUGUUUACAGGUUUUACUAUCGUACUCACCCAAGGUUUCGUUCGAAUUUCUACAGAGAUUCUACUCUGGUCACUAGUUCGGAGAUAGUUUUCAAUUCGUGA